CGUCGAAUCGUUUCGGAACGUAUUGCCCACCGGACUUCGCCGUCGUUGACUUGCAAGUUAGCAUUACCACCGGCUGGACCGGAAAAGGCGGCAGGAGAACGAGUCGAUACCUUUCAUAGUUCAAUAAACGGCUUGGCAGCCUCUCGCCCGCUACAAAGAUGGUAACAAGCGACCAAGUCAACUACCUAAUAUACCGCUACCUCGUCGAAUCCGGCUUCACCCACUCCACCUUCGCCUUCCAACAAGAAAGCUCCCUGUACCGCCGGAACAUCCGCGGGUCACACAUCCGCCCAGGGGCACUGAUCAACCUCCUCCAAAAAGGACUCCAGUACGCCGAGAUCGAGCUCCAUGUCAACGAAGACGGGACGGAGAAGAAGUGCUCGGCGCCGUUUUCGCUCCUGGAGCCGCAUGAGUGUGUGAUUGAGGGGGAGGAGAAGGCGGAGAGUGGGAGGCCGGCGAAGAGGGCGAGGAGGGAGGAGGUUGCGACUGGGGGGCGGAAGGAGAAGAAGGAGGAGAAGAGGCAGGGGAGGGGGGAGAGGGAGCGGAAGGCGAAGAAGGAUGCGAGGGAUGAGGAGGCUGGGGCAGAAGUUGAAGAUGCGGCCGUGGACACCGUCAUGAUUGACCAAUCUUCAGUUUCGAAAUUGACGCAUCCCUCCGAGGUACUCAGAUGCUCAUGGAGCCCAACAAAGCCGCAGUUCCUAGCAUCCGGAGGUCGUGACGGGAAAGUCCGAUUAUGGCAGAUCUCAACAAAAGGAGGCGAAGAGACAAUCGAAGAUCGCGAGCUGGCUAUGGGCGACAGCGCAACGGCGAAGGGGUCGACGGGGUUGAAUGGCAUAUCCGCGUUGGAGUGGGCGCCGUCAGGAGCGUUGGUAGCAGCCGGAACUGUAGACGGUCGCAUAUUUGUCUGGACCCGCACAGGCGACCUAAAAUUCACCGAGAAGCACCAUGCAGGCGCCAUCAUCGCCCUCGCAUGGUCCCCCUCCGCCAACUUCAUCGCCACCGGCAGCCACGACAAAAUGAGCAUCAUCUGGGACGUCGAGAGCGGGCAGGUCCGGCAAAAGAUCGAUUUCCACGAAGGGCCCGUGUUGAGUGCCGAUUGGCUGGAUGAUGGAACCCUGGCGACAGCUUCGAGUGAUAAUCAGAUUUAUGUGUGUGUUAUGGGGGAUAUUGAGCCUUUGAAGCAGUUUUCGCAUAAGGGCGAUGUAAACAAAGUAGUAUGGGACUCCACCAAAAAAUACCUCGCCUCCUGCUCCGACGACGGCACCGCCAAGAUCUGGACCAUGGACCGCGACGAACCCCUCUGGACCGCCAAGGGCCACAGCAAGGAGAUCGUGUCACUGUGCUGGUGUCCCGGGUCAGAUAAUCCCAUCUUCGUCACAGCGGGAGUAGACCGCACCCUCCGCCUCUGGGACGUGCUUAAACAGGAACUGUUGCACACGUUCACGCACGAUGCGGAUGUUUUGUGUGCGGAUUUUACGCCCAAUGGGAAGUUUUUGGCCAGUGGGGAUGCGGAUGGGAGGGUUUGUGUUUGGAAUGUUAAGGAUCGGACCCUGGUGAAGACGUAUGCGGGGGAGAAGGGCGAGGAAGUUGAUGUGCAGGUUAAGUGGAAUGCGAAGGGGGAGAGGUUGGCUGUUGCGGCUGGGGGUGUCAAGAUCGCCGUUUUGCAAAUCGCACCGCGGUCGUGAUGAGAUGCCCACUGCGGUCGA